UUCAUCUUCAUCUUUAUCUCUAUUUCUCUAAGUCGUUCUUCGAUUCAUAUCUGCUUCAGAAUAAUAUUUUCGAAGGCUUCUGCUAUCUGCUCUCACACCGGAGACAUAAGUCCAUAUCUCUGUAGAAAUUGAAGCCUUAAGAUGGAAUCUUUUUUUUGUUGCUUUCAUGACAAGGAUGAUCCUGGAGAAACUGCUAAUGUAUCCAGCCAGGGAAACUGCACUUGUCCUCUGUGCUUCACUUGUAACUCAUUCAGCAAGUUUGCAGCAUUUUUCAGAGGUGGGCAUGAAAUGCAUGCCCUGCAUUCAUCCUCCCAGGAGGCAGCUUCCUCAACUCCAAAUGGGGCACCCGCAUAUACAGAACCUGCGACUAUUUUAUCUCUUCCUGGAACUUUGGCAUCUAAUACCGAUUAUAGAUCCUCCAAUUUGCAACAGGAUGAGCUGGUCAAAGGACUAAACAAAGGUAAAGGUGAUUUGAGCAUUCAUUCGGAGCUCAGUUCUAGUACUCACACUGGAGAAGAACUUUCAACAGAUUCCUCACUGAAGUUCUCAUUGGAAAAUACGAAAGCUGGAGACCUUCAUGAUGACCGUGCAUUACCCGAAGAUCAUGAAGAUAUAUGCCCUAUAUGUCUUGAAGAAUACAUACCUGAGAAUCCUAAGAUUUUAACCCAAUGUUCUCAUCAUUACCACCUUAGUUGUAUAUAUGAAUGGAUGGAGAGAAGUGAGACCUGUCCCGUAUGUUGCCAGGUGUUGAUACUCGAUGAAACAAAUUAAUCUCAACUUUCUCAUGGCAUGUAAAGAGUAGAAAAUUGAAGAUGAUGAAGAUACAUGAAUUGCAGAAGCAGAUGAGGUCGAGCGGAAACAUGAUCCUAAUAAGUUCUCAUAUAUAGUUCAACAAAUGUACGUGAAAGAGACUAAAAUCCAGAUUCUUUUAAUACAUGCAUGCUGAAAGA